AUGAAUCCCGUCACUUUAGAAAAAUGGGAAGAAAGUUCUUGUGAAUCAGAGCUCCCUACCUUUCACGAACUUAUUGCCUUUUUACAGCGUAGGGCGCAAUUAGAUGAUACAAAAUAUGCUCAAUCACGUUCUAAACCAGUUAACUCAAGUGAGAAACCUUCCGCUUCUCACUCACGUUUAAAUAAUCGGCCGCAACACCUUUUUGCAGCAGCAAGCUCCCUAAAUUCGUGUUUACGUUGCGGGGAACAACAUAGUAUUUUUUCGUGUGAUGUUUUCUUGAAUCUUUCUCCUAUAGAAAGGUUUAAAUCCUGUAAAAAUGCAUCUCGAUGCUUAAACUGCUUAAAAUCUACUCACAGCACAAGCAAGUGCAAUAGUGGCCCUUGCAAGAAAUGUCAGAAAAAACAUAAUUCUCUUCUGCAUUUCGACAAUACAACCGAGAAAAUUGUAAGCGCCUCGAAUUCUUCGCAAGCUGCUUCUACUCACAAUUUCCUUGCAAACGAAUUAACCUCAGAGAAUCUGUUGUCCACGGCUAUAGUGGAUAUUAUAAAUAACGAAGGUUUCGUCCAGCAAUGUCGUCUAUUAUUGGACAACGGUUCUCAAUCUCAUCAUUUGACAGAAAAGGUUGCUUCUAUUAUGAAUUUACGCAAAAGGCCUGUAGACAUUACAGUUUUAACUUUAGGCUCAACGUCGACUGAGAUACGCCACUCUGUAUCGGCCAAAAUCCCAUCGCGAUACAACACGUAUAAAGAAAAUGUCGAAUUUCUUAUCCAAAAAGAAUUGAACUAUUUAUUUCCGGCUAUUAAAAUUGAUCGCGAAUCUCUUCAAAUUCCUAACAAUAUUUUCUUAGCUGAACCUGAUUUCGAUAAAGCAGGCGGAAUUGGUGGUAUUAUUGGCGUAGGGCUCUCUUAUAAGUUGCUCAGUGUAGGUCAAAUAGUGCCCAGGAAUCACCCAGAUGCUGUUCUUCAAAAGACUCAGUUGGGCUGGAUAGUCGCAGGGAAAUUAUACGGAAUACCUUUAUCUAAGCGUAAAAUAGUCCAAUGUAACAUAAUGCAAAUCCAACCUUCUUUAGACCCAGACCUUACUAAAUUCUGA